UAUCCCGAUCUAUCUCGGCCCGCAAUCUCCGCGAAGCCGUCGGUGCCACUCCCUGCCCAUGUGGGCCCCUGCGGGCUGCCCACGCUUGUCCCCCAGCUCCUGGUUCCGCUGGGCUUUCCCCUCGCCAGGGGUGGCUUUCUGAGCCGCCCGCUCCGUACCCCUCUCUGCAGCCUCUCCUGCCAUUCGGGGCCCCCGUUCCCCCUCCCGGCGGCGGGGGGCUGCCCCCGGGGGGCUGGCGGAGCUGGGCCGCGGGGGCCCCGGGGCCGGCGGUGCCGGGGUCAUCGGGAUGAUGCGGACGCAGUGUCUGCUGGGGCUGCGCACAUUCGUGGCCUUCGCCGCCAAGCUGUGGAGCUUCUUCAUUUACCUUUUGCGGAGGCAGAUCCGCACGGUGAUUCAGUACCAAACUGUCCGAUAUGACAUCCUUCCAUUAUCUCCUGUGUCCCGGAAUCGGCUAGGCCAGGUGAAGAGGAAGAUUCUGGUGCUGGAUCUGGAUGAGACACUUAUUCACUCCCAUCAUGAUGGGGUUCUGAGGCCCACGGUACGACCUGGAACACCUCCUGACUUCAUCCUCAAGGUGGUAAUAGACAAACAUCCUGUCCGGUUUUUUGUACAUAAGAGGCCCCAUGUGGAUUUCUUCUUAGAAGUGGUGAGCCAAUGGUAUGAGCUGGUAGUGUUCACAGCAAGCAUGGAGAUUUAUGGCUCUGCUGUGGCAGAUAAACUGGACAAUAGCAGAAGCAUUCUUAAGAGAAGAUACUACAGACAGCACUGCACUUUGGAAUUGGGCAGCUACAUCAAGGACCUCUCUGUGGUCCACAGUGACCUCUCCAGCAUUGUGAUCCUGGAUAACUCCCCCGGGGCUUACAGGAGCCAUCCAGACAAUGCCAUCCCCAUCAAGUCCUGGUUCAGUGACCCCAGUGACACAGCCCUUCUUAACCUGCUUCCCAUGCUGGAUGCCCUCAGGUUCACCGCUGAUGUUCGUUCUGUGCUGAGCCGAAACCUUCACCAACAUAGGCUCUGGUGACAGCUGCUCCCCCUCCACCUGAGUUGGGGUGGGGGGGAAAGGGAGGGUGAGCCCUCAGGAUGCCUGUCUGAUGCUUUGUCCAAUGGUGAGGACUGCUUGGGCAGGGUCUGUCCCUCCUGCCCCUCUGCCCUGGGAGCCCUGCACUCCAUAUGGAGUCUGGAUGGACACAUAGGCCAGACUGUGAAGCAGCCUCUCUCUAACUUCGUGUUCGCACUCCCUGGAAACCCCAGACUGGGACAUGAGCGGAGGACUAGCAGAGCCGAAACAUUGUCUGUGGUGGAGAGAGAGGACUGGCCAGAGUGAGACAUUCAAUAAUCUGGGAGGCUCAGAGAGAAGCCAAGUCAGCUUUGUUGUGAUUUGAUUUUUUAAAAAACUCUUGUACAAAACUGAUCUAAUUCUUCACUCCAAGGGCUGGGUUGUGGGUGGGAAACUGGGAUUUGGGCCACUGGAUUUCACCCAAACUUGUACCCCCCUUACUUUUCUCUAUAUUUUCCUUUCCUAGAUUCCCUCAGACCUGUAACCAGCUUACUGUUUGUUUUUUCCCCCCUCCUCUCUUUUAAACCAUUCAUUAUAACUUUGAAACCAAA